AUGAGCGCACUGACUGGGCUGGUAAACUAUUCCGACGACGAAGACGCAUCUGAUGAAGAAUUUGAACGCCAAGAAACAGCCAAACCAAAUGUAAAUCACAGUCCAAAAAAGAUCGUGCCAAUCAAGCCUGUUGAAAAACCAGUGGCCAUAUCUUCAGACACUACGAAUACUACUAGUACAUCCGAAACGAUUGAUCCUACAAAACCAAUAAUAGAUCGAAAGAAAAAUACUUCUAUAUUGCCUGAACUAGAACAUUCUGCGGCACUGUACCCUUCACAAGAUACGAACGUUUUGGAUAGAUCUAGGCGAUUAAAGGCACUAUUAGCACCCAAACCAAUUGAGGGUGUUGUAAAUUGGGGAAUUCCUCCAGAGCCAGAGACUGAAGUAGAAGAAGACCGUGCAGCAAAUAUUGCCCAUUUUCUAGAACUACGAGCGUCUGGACACAAGUUGAAUGAUCAUUUACAACGUAACAAAUCUUUUCGAAAUCCACGGAUAUACGCAAAAUUAGUCGAGUUUGUCGAAUUGGAUGAAAUUGGAAGCAAUUUUCCCAAGGAAUAUUUUGAUCCUCACGGAUUUCCUAAAGAUGCAUACAUUGACGGCAUCCUCGAAACACAGCGGCGUCUUGCAGAAGAAAAGGCUCUUUCACAUCAGUCCCGAACAAACAUAGCAUUUACUAGUGCGAGUACACAAAGCCACCCAAAACAGACACAAGACUCAUCAGGUGCUAUGGCUGCAGCAAUGGCGACGGCAGCGAAAGUGGCUAGUCGGAUUGCUAUUCCUCCAUCACAAGAAGUUGAAAAUGAAGCCAAAAAGGGUAGGAAAUGGGAUUCCACCUCUGGAAGAGAGCAAAAGAGACGGCAUUAA